CGCGGGGUGUUCGUCCCUCCAGGACUUACCGAGAGAGUUAGGAACGAGAAAGAAUGCGACGUCGCCGGGCAGAGUGCGCCUCGCUGCAGCUCUGAGCUCCACAUGUGCGCACAGCUGCGCGCACAUGUGGAGCUGAGGGAGCAGAGCGCGAUCUGAGGCUCUCCGAGGAGCUUCUCCGUGUCUGCGGCGGAACGUAACUCCGUUAAAACAGUUUUAGUUAGCGCGUAAUACACGUGUAAUAACCGUGUAAUAACAGCCUGGCUGUUCCGGUCAGUGAGUGCACAGCGGAGUGCGCGGGGACGGAAGGUCAGCGGGUUUUUCUUCUCUCGGUGGUUUGUGCGCUGUGAACGCGCGCACGGUGAGUUUACCUUCUGUGCGCCUGACAGUCCUGCUGUCAUGGCAAGUAUGAACACAUGUGCGGCACACAAGUGAAAGUACUGAUAUGAGCACGCGAGGAGACUUUAAAGAGAAACGGCUGAGGGGAGAAAUCUGCGGGGGGGGUCACCGGCGGGGGCGCACGGAGCCCUCGUGCUCCAAAAACACACCAGCACGGAGCAAACAUGGUGGACGUGUGUUAAAAAUGUCCCAAACCAGGGGCGGAUCUAGAAAAAGGUGGAAAUCAAUGCUGCUUCCUGUAAUGUGUCAUUCAUGUGGUUAAAAUACAGCAAGUACACACAUGUUUCAUAUAAACACACACUGUAAUGUUCGGAUUGGCUUCAGCCCACGUUACAGUUACACAAAACGUGAAUUUAGAUUUUGUGCACUGUACGGCAAACACAACAAAUAAGCAUGUGGCCCAACGUGAUCAGCUACAAACACAAGUCUAACUAAAGUCUCACACUGUUAAUAUUUUAUUAGGAGCAAUCAAACUGUUUCAUGCUUAAAUUUACACAAAACGUCAGAAAUCCGUCAAACCGAAUUUUUCACGACUACGUAUUGAGUCCACGCUCUGGGCUCCAGCUGUUUUCAUAAACUGUUUGCCUCACUUUAUCUGGGGUCAGUCUUUUCAGUUAAUUUAGUUCCUCUCGCACUGACACACUGUGCUGUCAGACAAAGGAAAAGUUACAUUGUUACUGUAACAAACAUAUUUAAUCCUUUUUAUAACUUGAAAUGCAAAUAAAACUUGUACAUUUUAAAAACUUUUGCAAACAACAAAGUUAUCAAUCAGGUGUUCUGCAUCAAAUAAGAUGCCACACAUAUUAUUUGCGCCUCUCCAAAAAAUAGUUUCUGUCCACUGUAAGAGCGAGGGGCACAUCACAGCCUGAUACCUGCAGGCCUGACAGCAGCAGGUGUAUCCCUCCACCUGUUUCACACCUGCACACAGCGUUUACACUGCAGCCUGCCUUUGGUGGCAGCUGUAGAAUUUUUGUGGUGGGUUGGGUACGACGUCUGUUCCUGAGAUUACCAAGAUUAGGAGGUUCCCAUGACAUCAUCCACAUCCUAAAGGUGAAAAAGUGUCUGAAACUGAAUGUUGAGAGUGGCCUGAGCUUCAGGCUCACAGGGAUUACCCAGCAUGCACUGAGCUCAUUACUAGAAACCGUGUUUAAUAUGAAGAUCCAUCAUGGAACAGGAGGAAUAUGACUGGAAAUGAGGAGAAGAAGAAGAGCAGGCCACCUUAGCUCGGCUCCAUAUAGAACUGCAGUGAUUUGUUAUAUUUUAAGCAGAUUUGAUAAAUGCGAUCUCUGUGGUUUGAAAUCAGUGUUCUCAUAGUUCAAAAUGAGUUUCACACUGAGACUGAGGUUCUGGGGAAUUCUGACCUGCAGCUUCUUUGUGACUCAGCGUGGUCAGAAAAAUGAUAAGACAGUGACUCACUCUGCAAAGGGUUUAUUCUGGAUAUCACAUCAUUUGUUUACAGAUCAUUCAUAAAUAUGCAGUUAAUAAUUCCUCAAAUAUUUCCCCCAAAAACAUCCAGCAAAUUUAAUCUGUUAAUAAAUGCCAGAAAACGAGAGCUGUUCAGUCUCUCUCACCUAAAACAAAUAAACCUUUUACUUCCUUGUGUGAGCUGGAGUCGUACAAGAACCCAGCCAAGCAACAUUUGCAUAAGCACAUCUGGCACAUCUGGCAGUGGGACAGAAAACCUGCAGACAGACUUGAUGUGUCAUCUGAGGCAUGGUGACUUUUAUUUUCAACAAAUGAAGUGUGAGCAUAAACCAUAGACUGUAUACAAAAGAUGGACGUGGUUGCCAAGGUGUCACCAUCAGUUUGUGAACAUUUUGUCACAUUUAAGGCCGUCUGCGUUUUGGAGGCACAGGACGUGGUUAGCUUGGUGAUCAGGCGGGAGUGUCACACAGAUGCAGGCCACCCAGAUUUUUCUGUGGAACUCCAAAGAAUUCCAUGUUUUUAUAGAGCAAAUAGAAAAUAUUCUCUAAUCGUUUUAAUUUACUUUUCCUUUUAAUAACAUUUUUUAUGAUAAAAAACGUGGAUUUCUCUGCGUGCGGAAGUCGGCAUCGGCAGACACAGAAGCCGCCACGAAAUAUCCCGAAGACCUUCAGGAGAGUCCCGUCGUAAGAUGAUGCUGAAAUGAUAUUUAAGUGUUUUAGGAAGCCCAUCGGAGCGGGCACGCUCCCAUUUGUGCAACUAUUUUUAAAUUCCAGUAGAAUUACAAAGACGUAACCUAGCGCAAUCAUUUUUGUUUUUUUUGCUUAUGAAACCAGAGGAGUCGUACUUGCAUAACAUGCGUUCAGCUUGUCCGCGGUCACAGUUUCCUUCCACAAAUGGCUUCUUGCAAAAAUCGGGUAAAAAGCGCUGGCAAGAACAAAAACAUUAUAAUCCAGAAACAUGCGAUCAGUUAUUCAUAGCACUUCCUAUGCUGGAAUAAACGUCAGCGCGAACUAUCGCACGUUACCUGCAAAAACCAAAAGUGACGUCAUUUUUCGUGGAAACGUAGUUUUUUCAUUACAGGGCCUUAAAAGCUGGUUUCCUGUUUGACUUUGUGCCGCUCUGUGUAGUUCCUGAGACACUCCGAACUCAAACUGCACUGUUGGAAAUCAUUUAUUUUAAUGCUGUUUUUUUGCAAAUUGUGCACAAUAAUAUUUAUUUUCAUUUUUCCUGCUCGUCAGCAAUAUUAAAAUAAAAUCCCAGAAUUUCACCAACAUGGAAAAACUUUGAUCAAAAUGCUCCAACAGUACAAACACAGUCCAGAGGUUCAGCUCAUUGACUCCAGUUAACUGAGGUGAAGGCUAGCGCACAGCUAGCAGCUACAGCUCCCCGUGUCACCCUGCACGUGUCGGUGAGAGAAGCCACGCCCCCAACCAUGCAAACUUGAAUCCAGGUGAAUUAUAAAAACAUGUGCGCAGGUGUUAUAGAGGCGGAAAGAAUCUAGCAGUUUGUGUAUCAGGUUGUAAACAUGUUUAUUUCUGCUGUUUUAACAUGUGAGUCUAUGGGGACUGACUCGCCGCAGCCUCUGCUGGACACCCGUGGAACUGCAGGUUUUGGUGCUUCAGCUGCAUGAAGCUCAGUGCUAGAAAGAUAAACAGUCCUGCAGCUCAAGCGUGAAACAUUCACCUCUGACAGCAGAGCAAAGGCACCGUCACUGUGAAGCUCGCCUCCUCAUUUCCUGUCACGUGUCUGCUGCUCCAGCGAUGGAUGUUCGCCCUGAGCCCGGUCUCUAAUAAUGAGGUUUGAGAAGGAGUCAGCACAGACACGGGACCAGUCCAGCGCCACCGCCAUGCCUUCCAACAAAUACUCUGCUGCUAUCAUGGAGAAGAGCAACAACAUGACGGCCACAGCAGCGGUGAACGGGGACACGCCUCCAGCUGAGGGCCUGUCCGAGAAUGACAGCGGAGUGGAACUGACCAAUGAGAACAGCCCCCUGACCGCGGCCGAGCCGCCUUCACCCUUCAGCCCCAAACAGAACGGAGACGCUGCCUCGCCUCAGGAUGGUAACCAGUGCUCGAGGGGAAGCAGGAAGAGGAGCAGGAAGAGACGCGAGGACGAGGAAAGCACCUGGGACUCGGUACGACUCUCGCGUAGGAGCUUUUCACCGCCCUGUGAUUUAGGCGAGGGCAGAGGGGACACUGGUCUGGUGUUUGUCUCUUUGCAGGGCAAGUCUUCAGGAGCGUCUCAGCUGGGCUUGAGACAGACGCCUCGACCCAGAACCAUCUUCCAGGCCGGCCUGACGCCGCACGCACACGGCAAGCCUCGCAGACAGAGCCGCAAACAGGAGCACGGCACGUCUCCGUGUCCCGGGAAUCCUCGGGCACCUGCGGUCGGGUCCGGCGGGGUCCCGGAGACUCCUCGACUGGAGCUCAUGGAACAAGACUCCAAAGACUCGGCCCAGAGCACCAGCGCCCAGAGCACCAGCACCUUGUCCAGCUCCGAAACCAAGCAGGAGUACAGCGACAACAAGGGCUUCGGGAUUGGCGAACUGGUCUGGGGGAAGAUCAAAGGCUUCUCGUGGUGGCCGGGGAUCGUGGUGACGUGGCGAGCCACCGGCAAGCGGCAGGCCAGCCACGGCAUGAGGUGGCUGCAGUGGUUUGGGGACGGGAAGUUCUCUGAGGUUUCUGCAGACAAGCUGGACUCCCUCACCGCCUUCCCCAAGUUCUUCAGCCAGGCUUCCUACACCAAGCUGGCCUCGUACCGCAGGGCGGUGUUCCAGGCGCUGGAGAUGGCGAGCAUCCGAGCAGAGAAAACGUUUCCUCCCUGCAAGUCGAAUAGCCCAGAGGACCAGGUCAAACCCAUGCUGGACUGGGCCAAUGGGGGCUUCCUGCCCAAAGGAGAGGAAGGACUGAAACCCACACACAGUGCCAACAGUAACCCUCUGGAGCACCACGUCCUCGACGUGUCCCUGUGCGAGUACUUCCCCAGCGCAAAGCGGCCCAAACUCAGCCUGUGUAAGAGCAAGGCCGCCCCCGAGGAGCUGUGCAACAGAGAACAAAUGGUGAAUGAAGUUCUGAAGAAUAAAAGAAGUAUCGAAGAGUUUUGUCUGUCUUGUGGGAAGACGAGUGCAACCUUCCACCCGCUGUUUGAAGGAGGCUUGUGCCCAACAUGCAAGGACGUGUACCUGGAGAUGUCCUACAUGUACGACGACGACGGUUACCAGUCUUACUGCACCGUUUGCUGCGGCGGUCGAGAGGUUCUGCUCUGCGGUAACGUGAACUGCUGCAGGUGUUUCUGCGUGGACUGUCUGGACAUCCUGGUGGACCCGGGUGCGUCCGACCAGGCGCGCUAUCUAGACCCGUGGCGAUGCUACAUGUGCCAGCCGCUGCUGCGGUACGGCGUCCUCAAACGACGGCACGACUGGAGCCUCAAGCUGCAGGAGUUCUUCGCCAACGAUAACGGACAGGAGUUUGAGAAACCAAAGAUUUACCCAGCAGUCCCUGCAGAGCAGAGACGACCAAUCAGAGUGCUGUCCCUGUUUGACGGCAUUGCCACAGGCUACCUGGUUCUGAGAGAUCUGGGUUUUAAGGUGGGUCAGUAUGUGGCAUCGGAGGUGUGCGAGGACUCCAUCUCAGUGGGCGUCGUCAGGCAUGAAGGAAAGAUCAAGUACGUCCACGAUGUGAGGAACAUCACCAAGAAAAAUAUUCAGGACUGGGGUCCGUUUGACCUGGUGAUCGGAGGAAGUCCCUGCAACGACCUCUCCAUCGUCAAUCCUGCCAGGAAGGGCCUGUACGAAGGCACGGGCAGGUUGUUCUUCGAGUUUUAUCGACUUCUGAGCGAAGCCAAGCCCAAGGACGGCGAGAACCGCCCAUUUUUCUGGAUGUUUGAGAACGUGGUCGCCAUGGCCAUUAACGACAAGAGGGACAUCUCGCGGUUCCUGGAGUGUAACCCUGUGAUGAUUGAUGCCAUCGAGGUCUCUGCUGCUCACCGCGCUCGAUACUUCUGGGGAAACCUGCCGGGGAUGAACAGGCCCCUGUGCGCCUCAGGGAUGGACAAGCUACAGCUGCAGGACUGUCUGGAUCACGGCCGAGUGGCAAAGUUUGGAAAGGUGCGCACCAUCACUACUCGCUCCAACUCCAUCAAACAGGGGAAAGACCAGCACUUCCCCGUGCUGAUGAACGGGAAGGAGGACAUCCUGUGGUGCACCGAGCUGGAGAGGAUUUUUGGUUUCCCCGUCCACUACACUGACGUGUCCAACAUGGGUCGCGGUGCCCGGCAGAAGCUCCUGGGCCGGUCUUGGAGCGUCCCCGUCAUCAGGCAUCUGUUCGCUCCGCUCAAAGACUACUUUGCCUGUGAAUAAGAAGAAAGCCGCCAUCACCAGCAAACACACACACACCAGCUUUUUUAUCAAGAACCGUCAGCAGCCAGCCGUUUCCUCCCCUCCGUCGGACAUUUUGGAAGGCAAAUGGCCGGUUUGACAAAACGUCAGCGCGGCGGGGAAACGGUUCGAGAUGCUGCCUGGAUUCUGCCUUAGAUCCACAUAACACACACUAACACAGAUUCACAGCUUAGAGAAAGACGUCGGCUGCCCUGGAAACAGAGGGGGCGGAGUCUAGUCAGGUGAGCAAAGGUGAGAUGGGUAAGGAGGCCAGUAGGGCGAUUCGCCUUUCAUCGGGGAGUUAAAAGGGAACGAUGACACCCACGCCUUUGCUUUGUUAACAUUAGGACUGUAGCGUGACUUUAAUAGGAUUUUAGCUUCAUUUAAACGCCCUUGGAAGGCAUCGUUUUUAAGAUAACACCUAGAAGUUUUAGAAGAUGGAGAACGGCGUAGUAGCGAGCUUUCAAUCUCAAACAAAAACACUUUAAAAGUGACUUGAACCAAAGGCGGAGCUGACGUCCUGUUCCUGUUUUACCCGCCGAGGUCAGUCCGCCGUAAUGAUGCUGUGGCUUCUGGUCCAAACGUUGCGAGUGCACUCGACAGUAAAACUGCUGCAGGAUGUUUUUAAAGGACCAAACUAAGAAACCCUCAUUGGGGAAGUUGAUCGGUAUAAGCUACUGACCUGAAGCUAACCUGGAAACAUGAGACGGGAUUUAGCUUUAUAUUUAGAUCACUUUAUAUUGAUAGACUUUGUUGACUUUAGGAAAUAAAAGUACUUUUGUUUAUUCCUUUUUCUAUUAGCACACUAGUUUCAAGUGGCUGUAUUUUACUUUUUCGUUGUUCCUCUGACUUUCAGUCUGUUCAAGGGUUUUUGCAUGUUAAAGGUUUGCAAAGUCGAACCCAAAGAAAACACUGCUGCUGAACUGCCUCACACGCCAGUCCAGACUUUUCUCUGUCACCACGUAACUCGCUGGUGUGACUGCCGUUAAACCGGCGCGUAGUCAGGAACGCUCAAAUAAAUGACAAAAGAAGUUAGUUUAGUGUUAGUUUGGUGGUAAAUGGUGUUUGAAUGUUUUAAUACAGCCAAAAACUUCAUAGAGCUAAUUAAACAUUCGUGUACAUUUCAAAAAAGGGAACAAAUAGGAAGCUAUUUACACCAAAGUAAAGCUUUCUAAAUUCAGAGCUAAUACUCUGGAGGCAUAACAGCGAUGUCACCUGACUGAAUCAGUGAUAUUGGAAUGUAAAAAUAUUUUGAA